CGCAGCCGCCCGCCCCGCCCCUCCCGCCUCCCUCCAGAACCCCGAGCUGGGAGCAUGGACCAGACCUCUCGGCGCUGGCAUCAUGACGCUCGCUCGGUUCCUGCUGGCUCUGAUGUUGGGGGCGCUCCCCGAAGUGGUCAGCGUUGAUCCGAUCCUCGGUUAUCCGCUGUGCCUCCGCCACCGCCAUUCGCCCCGUGGGGGUGCCCAGUAUCCCGACUACCGGACGCCUCCGUCACCCCUGUGCCCCCGGCGGGCAGUCCCUGCCCUUCGUCCGCAAGCGCUCCAGGCUGGACACUCGUCGCGGUCCCACCCUGGGGGCUGUCCCGCCGGGCAGGCCGGGGCUAACGUGACGGACCUGGGCGCCCCGUGUCUGAGCUGGUCGGAGGUGCCACCCUUCCUGGAGCGGUCGCCCCCGGCUAGCUGGGCUCAGCUGCGAGGACAGCGACACAACUUUUGCUGGAGCCUGGACGGCAAGAGCAGACCCUGGUGCUUCUAUGCGAACGCCCGUGGCCAGGUGGACUGGGGCUACUGCGCCUGCAGACUCGGCCCAUCGUUGACUGUCAUUCGCCUCACUGGUGGCAGCAGUGUGCAGGAAGGUCGUGUGGAGCUCUACCAUGCUGGCCAGUGGGGGACCAUCUGCGAUGACCAGUGGGAUGAUGCAGAUGCAGAAGUGAUCUGCAGGCAGCUGGGCCUCAGUGGCAUUGCCAAAGCAUGGAAUGAGGCACAUUUUGGGGAAGGAUCUGGCCCCAUAUUGUUGGAUGAAGUGCACUGCACUGGGAAUGAGCUUUCGAUUGAGCAGUGUCCAAAGAGUUCCUGGGGUGAGCAUGACUGUGGCCACAGAGAAGAUGCUGGGGUGUCCUGUACCCCCCUUACAGAUGGGGCCAUCAGACUUGCAGGUGGGAAAGGCAGCCACGAGGGUCACUUGGAGGUGUACUACAGGGGACAGUGGGGCACUGUCUGUGAUGAUGGCUGGACUGAGCUCAAUACUUACGUGGUUUGUAGACAGCUGGGAUUUAAGUAUGGCAAACAAGCCUCUCCAAACCAUUUUGAAGAAAGCCCAGGGCCCAUCUGGUUGGAUGAUGUGAGCUGCUCAGGAGAGGAAACCAGUUUCCUUCAGUGUUCCAGGAGACAAUGGGGAAAGCAUGACUGCAGCCAUCAGGAAGAUGUGGGCAUCGCCUGCUACCCUGGCAGCAAUGGGCAUAAACUCCCUCUGGGUUUUCCUAUAAGACUUAUGGAUGGAGAAAAUAAAAAAGAAGGACGAGUGGAGGUUUUUAUCAAUGGCCAGUGGGGAACAAUUUGUGAUGAUGGAUGGACUGAUAAGGAUGCAGCUGUGAUCUGUCGACAGCUUGGUUAUAAGGGUCCUGCCAAAGCAAGAACCAUGGCUUAUUUUGGGGAAGGGAAAGGACCCAUCCACAUGGACAAUGUGGAGUGUACAGGAAAUGAGAGGUCUUUAGCUGACUGUAUAAAGCAAGAUAUUGGAAGUCACAACUGUCGUCACAGUGAAGACGCAGGAGUUAUCUGUGAUUAUUUUGGCAAGAAAGCAUCAGGUAACAGUAAUAAAGAGUCCCUCUCAUCUGUUUGUGGUUUGAGAUUAUUGCACCGUCGGCAGAAGCGGAUCAUUGGUGGGAAAAAUUCUUUAAGGGGUGGUUGGCCUUGGCAGGUUUCCCUCCGGCUGAAGUCAUCCCACGGAGAUGGCAGGCUCCUUUGUGGGGCAACGCUCCUGAGCAGCUGCUGGGUCCUGACUGCAGCGCACUGUUUCAAGAGGUACGGUAACAGCAGUAGGAACUAUGUUAUCCGGGUUGGAGACUAUCAUACUUUGGUGCCAGAGGAGUUUGAAGAAGAGAUUGGAGUUCAACAGAUUGUGAUUCAUGGGGCAUAUCGCCCAGUCAGCAAUGACUAUGACAUUGCCCUGGUUAGAUUACAAGGACCAGAGGAACAAUGUGCCAGAUUCAGCAGCCAUGUCUUGCCAGCCUGUUUACCACUCCGCAGGGAGAAGCCACAGAAGACAGCCUCCAAUUGUUACAUAACAGGGUGGGGAGACACAGGACGAGCAUAUUCAAGAACACUACAACAAGCAGCCAUCCCCUUACUGCCCAAGAGAUUUUGUGAAGAACGCUAUAAAGGAAGGUUUACUGGGAGAAUGCUCUGUGCUGGAAACCUCUGGGAACACAGUCGAAUGGACAGCUGCCAGGGAGACAGUGGAGGACCACUCAUGUGUGAGCGUCCCGGAGAGACCUGGGUUGUGUACGGGGUAACUUCCUGGGGGUAUGGCUGUGGAGCCAAGGAUUCUCCUGGUGUUUAUACCAAAGUUUCAACCUUUGUACCUUGGAUAAAAAGUGUCACCGAAUUAUAACUCACAGAAACAGUAAAUAGUAUUUGAAGAAACUGAUGGAAACCACUAACUCCAGUAUUAGCACUACAGGAGAAAUAACUAAUGUAAACUGAGAUCCAGGUUUCUACUUUUUGAUAUAAAUUGUGUAGCCCUUGCUACUUUUGUGGAGUGAACACUUCUGGUUAGAUACCUCAGUCUAUUAUCGUUAAUUGCAUUGUCGUCUGAUUUAAAUUACUAGGGAAUUUUUUGCUUAUUUCCUCUGCCUAUUUCUCACCAUUCUCCAUUCUUUAUUUUGUAAUAAGGCUGUUUUUGUUUGGAUUGAGAAUGCCCUAUAAUUGAACUUAUAUGGGGCAUGUAUUUAUAAUAAGAAUCCAUAUUUAAAAGGUACCUUUAUGCCUCUAAAUGUGGCAUUAGUAUAUUUGUUCUUUUUCAAAAGGUUAUCUUCACCUAUCACCUGAGGCCUUUGUCAAAUGAGCAAAUCAAUGGCACAUAAGGAAUUCCAUUAACAAUUUCUAAGGUGGAAUAGGAUCAUGAAGCCACAGAGUUACGAUGUAUUCCCCAAUGAGGGCACCUGGUAUUUCCAAGUAUCCUUGUUAAGUAGAAAUACUAAACUUAACUGUAAGAAAAAAUAUCUAUGACAAUUAAAAAUUGGAUUUAACACGAACAGUGCUAGCUGAAUAUACAAUCUUACCAGGCAUAUUAAAUAAUCUUUGACAACCACUUGAGAUCUACAACUUAGUAGGCAGAAGAAAACACUAUCCUGUUAGCACUGUCAUUUUUCAGAUGAUGGGAGAGCCAUCUGCUGGAACUUUCUAGCAAUUGACAUACCUGAGUUAAGACAACCUGCUAAGUUAAAAUGCUUCCCCUUGUCUUUGUAUAUCUAUCAAAUGUGUUAUCAGUUUAACAUGUGAUAGGUUUAUUAGGUGAUCAUGCAACUGACAACUUGCUAAACAGGCAGGACAAUGGAACUUUACAUUAGUCUUAAUUUUUUCUUUCUUUUUUUUUUGGUACCGAGGAUUGAACUCAGGACCUUGCGCUUGCAAGGCAGGCACCAGAACCACUGAGCUAAAUCCCUGGCCCUAAUUAGUCUUAAUUUUCAAAUGGGCAUGGUGAGAGGUUUGAUUAUUAACUCUUCCUUUAAAAAGGAAUCCCAAGGAUGUUGGAAAUACAUCCCCCCACAAUCCAUGGUCAUCUCACCCAAAGGUCAGUUUUCUUCUCAAGAGAUUAAGCAACAGCUUUAUAGGUAGGGCAUUCUUGAUAGCAAAAACAAAAUCUUUGCCAAAAGAAAAGGCCGACACCAUUAAGAUACUUAAUACUCCUAGAUAAGGGAAUUAUUCCAGAUGUCAUGGAUACUUCCUCUGAAUUCCUAAUUUAAAAAAUGAAGAGGUUAGCAUGAACUUUAGUAUGGCUGUAAAUAACCUUAAAUUUUCUCUUGCAAAGAAGCAUGUCCCUUUUGUAAAUCCUGUUUCCCAAAAGCUGGUGCAAACUUAUAGGUGCUUUAUAGCAUUACUUUUUAGAUGUGAAAUUUGUACCAAUUAGAAUAGCACUAAGUUUUCUAAGAGCCCAUCAUUUCAAUUUUAAAAACAACUACCAAAGCAGCAUUGACAUUUAGUCAAGGGCCUGAGAAAAAUGUGUAAUACAGGUGAAAAAUUAUCAUUACAGAAAACUUUAAUAGCUGCCCUUGUAAUUAAACUUGCUGAUAUAAACAUUCAUACAGAUGUUUUAAAUAUAUGUAGAAUAUAUGAUUUAUAAAUAUGUAGUCAAUUUUGUCUUAAAUGUUUUCUUGGAAGAUAAGUUUUCAGUGCAUAUUUAUGUAAAUAAAGCACAUCAAUUCUUA